UCUGCUGACAUCAUGCUGCAGUAGAGGGGCUGGGGCAGGGAGCUGAGAAGUGCGAGCUCGCUCCAUCCCUCCGCGCUCCGAGGAGCUGCGAAUCUAGCCAGCCAUCUGUUCCGAGCUCUGCGGUUCGGCGUCCGGCCCUCCGCCCCACGGAAGCUUGAGAGGAGUGAGAGCGCGGAGGGGCGGCUGCACAUCACCCCGGAGCAGGUGGGAGCCGACUUCCAGGAUGGGCUGCCCGCGGCCCCUCGCCUCCCUCUUCUUCCUAUGUGCCUUGCUCCUCGGCAGUUUCUGCAACAAAGCAAACAAGCACAAACCCUGGAUUGAGGCUGAAUACCAGGGCAUCGUCAUGGAGAAUGAUAACACAGUCCUGCUCAACCCACCGCUAUUUGCUCUGGACAAGGAUGCACCACUGCGCUAUGCAGGUGAGAUCUGCGGCUUUCGGAUCCAUGGGGCAGGGGUGCCCUUUGAAGCUGUGAUCCUGGACAAGGCCACGGGUGAGGGGCUGAUCCGAGCCAAGGAGCCGAUGGACUGCGAAGCGCACAAGGAGCACACCUUCACCAUCCAAGCAUACGACUGUGGAGAGGGACCUGAUGGGACCAACACCAAGAAAUCCCACAAGGCCACCGUGCACGUGCGGGUGAAUGACGUGAAUGAGUUUGCUCCGGUCUUUGUGGAGAAGUUAUACCGUGUGGCAGUGACCGAGGGGAAACUCUAUGACCGCAUCCUGCGGGUGGAGGCCAUUGAUGGAGACUGCUCCCCCCAGUACAGCCAGAUUUGCUACUAUGAGAUUCUCACCCCCAACAUCCCCUUCCUGAUUGACAAUGAUGGGAACAUUGAGAACACAGAGAAGCUGCAAUACAGUGGAGAGCACCUAUACAAGUUCACAGUCACAGCCUACGAUUGUGGCAAGAAGCGGGCAUCUGAUGAUGCUGAAGUGGAGAUCCAAGUGAAGCCCACUUGCAAACCCAGCUGGCAGGGCUGGAAUAAGCGGAUUGAGUACACGCCAGGUGCAGGUAGUCUGGCACUGUUUCCCAGCAUCCACCUGGAGACAUGCGAUGAGCCGCUGUGGAACAUCCAAGCUACAGUGGAGCUGCAGACAAACCACGUGGCCAAGGGAUGUGACCGUGACAACUACUCGGAGAAGUCGCUGCGCAAACUGUGCGGUGCUGCCUCAGGUGAGGUUGACCUGCUGCCUGUGCCCAGCCCCCUUGCCAACUGGACGGCACGGCUCUCAGUGCAUUACAGCCAGGACAGCAGCCUCAUCUACUGGUUCAAUGGCAGCCAGGUGGCCCAGGUGCCUGUGGGCAGUGGGAUGGGUGCUCAUGAGGGGCUCAGUGACCACUUCACCCUGUCACUGUGGAUGAAACAUGCUGUGGUGCCUGGGAAGGGCAAGAAGGAGGAGGAGACCGUGAUCUGCAGUACGGUGCAGAGUGAGGAUGGCUACUCUCACUACUCCCUGGCUGUGCAUGGCUGCCGAAUUGCUUUCCUAUAUUGGCCUUUGCUGGAGAGUGCGAGACCGGUCAAAUUUCUGUGGAAGCUGGAGCAGGUCUGUGAUGAUGAAUGGCACCAUUAUGCCCUCAACCUGGAGUUCCCCACCGUCACGCUCUAUGUGGAUGGUGUGUCCUACGACCCCGCGCUCAUCCAUGACAAUGGCCUCAUCCAUCCCCCAAGGCGGGAACUUUCCCUCAUGAUCGGAGCCUGCUGGGUUGAGGAAAAAAACAAAGAGAAAAUCAGAGGGAACGAGAACUCCACAGAUCCUACGCAAGGAGACCCUCUGCUGAUUCACCACUACUUCCAUGGUUACCUGGCUGGCUUCACCAUGCGCCCCGGCAGCCUGGAGAGCCGGGAGGUGAUUGAGUGCCUCUACGCCUGCCGUGAGGGGCUUGACUACAGUGACUUUGACAGCCUUGGCAAAGGGAUGAAGGUUCAUGUUAAUCCCUCACAGUCCCUGCUCACACUGGAGGGUGAUGAUGUGGAAACCUUCAACCACGCAAUCCAGCAUGUGGUUUACAUGAACUCACUGCGCUUUGCCACGCCUGGAGUCCGGCCGCUCAAGCUCACCACCACUGUCAAAUGCUUCAGUGAAGAAUCAUGCGUCUCCAUCCCUGAUGUGGAAGGCUACGUGGUGGUGCUGCAACCUGAUGCCCCCCAGAUCCUGCUGAGUGGUAAUGCUCACUUUGCUCGUCCUGCAUCAGACUUUGAGAACCCUGAUGGGGUCCCCCUGUUCCCUGACCUCCAGGUCACCUGCUCAAUCUCUCACCAGGUGAAGGCCAAGAAGGAUGAGAGCUGGCAUGGCACGGUGACAGACACACGAAUGUCAGAUGAGAUUGUCCACAACCUGGAUGGCUGCGAGAUCUCCCUGGUGGGAGAUGACCUGGACCCGGAGAGGGAAUACCUGAUCCUGGAUGGAGCAUCCCUGCAGCAGCGGGGCCUGGAGCUCAUCAACACCUCUGCCUACUUCACCAUCACAGGCGUGGAGAGCAUUGCAGUAUACGAGGAGAUCCUCCGCCAGGUCUCAUACCGCAUCCGCCAUGGCGCUGCCCUCUAUGAGAGGAAAUUCCGCCUUUCCUGCACCGAGAUGAAUGGACGCUACUCCAGCAACGAGUUUACUGUUGAGGUGAACGUCCUCCACAAUAUGAACCGGGCUGCUCAUCCUAACCACAUCCUCAGCUCCCAGCAAUUCAUGCACCAAGGUCAUCACCUACCACCAGAACUAUCUGGGCACAGCCUGGCCAACGUCCAUCGCAACUCCAUGGUCCCCAGCGCAGCCACCACCAUCAUCAUAGUGUGUGUGGGCUUCUUGGCACUCAUGGUCAUCCUGGGCAUCCUGCGCAUCCACUCUCUGCACCGCCGGGGGGCUGGGCACAAGGCCCCAGGGGCUGCCGGGGGAGGCCAUGCAGGAACCAGCAGCAAGGAGAGCGACAUGUUCUGGGAUGACUCAGCCCUCACCAUUAUCGUCAACCCCAUGGAGUGCCACCUGACAGAGCUGAUGGAAGAAAAGAUCCGAGGAUUGGAGAUGCAGGUGGAAACUUUGGUCGAGUUUAGAAGGGGAUUUGAGCAGAUGAUGGAGCAAAGACAUGAGGAGGCUGAAGGAAAAAGCUCAGACUUGCAGAUGGAAACAGGACCAAAGAAUUCUGAGGGGAGACUGCUGGUCAUACCAAAGCUGCCAGGAGAGGGCAGCAGAGAGUGGGGAGACCAGAGCUGUAGAGGAAGUGGAGGAGGAGGAGGAGGAGAAUGAUGACAGCAGUGACUCAGACACACCGGACACCCCAGGCAGCGAUGAUGGAGAUGACCAGCGCAUCGUGGGCAAAAGAGAUGGCCACUGCUGCUACUAGGAGCCCUGUGCUGUGGGAGGAGGGAAGCGAGGAUGCUAACCAGAUAGAUUCCCCAGCCUGAGCAGUUCACUGCCCUCUUCCCCUUUUUCUCUCUCCUCUGGUGUAUACAAAUACACACUUUUCCCACCCACCCCCUAAUUUCUCUUGCCUGUUUCCUCUUUCUCUGCUAUUUUCAUUAGGGGAGUAGUGCCUAGGGGGAGGGCACUUUCUACUCUUAACCCCUCUCUUCUUCCCCAUAGUGCUCCAGGAACACAACAUGGGCCAUGGGCUCUUUGCCCAUACUCCCUAACAUUAGGUCCCCCUCCUGAGGAUGGGAUAGUAUAGGGACCUAUCUGAAGGGAGUGGCACGCUUAGGAGGAGCAGGGAAGAAGGAAACACUCAUCAGCAAGGGUUGGGAAAACGGAGUCAGCUGCAGGCCCCCACAUAUUAUAUACAUAUUGUAUAUUUUUUCAAUGUUGUCAUUUGAGGUUUAUUCUUGUCUGAUGCAAAACAAAACAAAAAAACACCCCUGCAGCUUGUGUUGCUUUGUAAAAUUGUCAAUAACCCUAAAUGAGUGAAGGAAGGAGGGAACGAGGUGGAUUUUAAAAUAAAAGGAUUUAAAAGAAACAGA